AUGACGCGCAAGCCUCAGCCUUUUCGCCGAUCGCCCCCCAAGUUUUCUCCCCGCGUGGGCUGCCCAGCGGAGGGAGAUUCGCAGCGGCGGAGGGUUUGCGGGAGCGAUCCGCAGCUGCAGAGGCUGCGGGGGGAAGGGGAGGCGGCGGAAGAUGGGGAGGGGGGAAUUCAGGCAGCUGGCGGAAAAAGGGUGCCGAAAAGGCGGCGGAGCAUGUGGACGGGGGCACAGUCGACGGGGGGAGAGCAGGGCGCGCGGGGGAAAGAACGUAGCGGGUCCGCCGGAGGGAAGAGCGGGGAGGUCGCGGAGAAGCUUUCCCCAUCCGCUGGGCGGGAGAUGGAGAGGCUGCGCGACAAUCUGGCGCGGAUGCGGCGGGAGGCGCUGGGGCGCGCGCUGGAGAGGGCGGGGCGGGAGGGGCGGAUAGGGUGGGCGGAGACGCAGUGGCUGGUGGAGGGUAUGAUUGGCCGAGGGGACGGCAUCCGCGCUUACAGGGUAAGGGGUGAGCAGGGUGGCAUUGGUGGUCGGGAGGCGCUGGGGAGGGCGCUGGAGGGAGGGGCGCAUUGGGCGGGCGGGAAAGGAGGGGCGCAUUGGGCGGGCGGGGAAGGAGGGGCGCAUUGGGCGGGCGGGGAAGGAGGGGCGCAUUGGGUGGGCGGGGAAGGAGGGGCGCAUUGGGUGGGCGGAGGCGCAGUGGCUGGUGGAGGGUAUGAUUGGGCGGGGUGA